AUGACCGCCUCGGAAGCUCCGGUGCGCCUGGACGUGCAGCUGCUCAGUCGCGCCUCGAGUGCGGACGUGGUGGAAUACUUGCGCGACCAGCUGCGGCUGCAUCCCGAGCCAGCCGUGCGUCGCUCGGUGCUUCACUUCAUCACAAUCGAUGCUGUGCCGCCGACCAUCUCGCGCAUCUGGCUCGAGACGGCGCGCGAGCCCGAUACACUCCGCGAGGCACUCCAUCAGAAUCACUCGGCGUUGCUCCGAAGCCAGGCCAUCCGCCGACUCGCAAGCGUGCUGCGUGGCACGCACUGGAGAGCCACCUGGGAUGCGCUCGGCUCGACCGAAGGCAUCGCUCAACUGCUCUCACGCUUCUCUGUCUGUCACAUCCGCCAGGCAACAAAGGCGAUCGGACGCAACGUCAAGGGCAUCGACGCUCAUCACAAGGCGCAAAAGAGGCAGGCCAUCUCUGAGCUGCUCCUCCACCUCGUUCCCUCGAUCCGAUCCUCCUCCUACCAAGCCUCGACCCAAGCUGGAAGUUCUCCGGAAAAGCGCGACCUCAUCAAAGCCUACGCUGAUCUCUUGCCUGCAUGCACUCCCGAAUUGGUGCAUCGUGUGCUCUUCGAUGCCGCGCACGGUGUGCCCCUUCACGGUCCUCAGGCCACUCUGCUUCGAGAACACCAUCAGGUCUUCCUCGAUCGCGCCUCGCAGCCUGGAUCCAACAUCUUCGAGUCGAACUGGGCGGAUCACGCUUCGCAUCGACUGGAGGUGGUCUACGCUGUCGUCUUUCCCGCCGCUGGUCAGCACGACUUUGGCUCUGUGAAGCCAUUCCUCUCACUGGCUCUCUCCAGUCUUGUCAAACAACUUCCCACAUCCUCCAACUCGCUUCGCAGAGUCAGGCAGAAGUAUGCCGGCCCGCUCUCCAACCUUCUCCACAGGCUCGUUGCCUGUCCUCAUUGGUCGCUGCACGAUCGCCGCGCUGCAUUUGACCUCAUCCUCGAUACCCUACAAACCCACUCCAAAGACCAUUACACUAUCAGAAAUGUUCUGUGGGAGCAAGCGGCUCAGCUCUGGGCCGAAUCGCCCGAGCUCUUCCAGCCUGUCCUUCUUCGCGCUCUCAACAUGGCUUCCCGAUCUCCGCGCUACCUUUGCUUCUCGCAGGUCCAAUCUAGCGUCCCCUCAAUCAAGAGGUGGGAGCUGCUCAAACUCAUCCAGCGCUCGGAUCCCGUCUGUCCAAUCGACCUCGACCAGGAUGCCGGACUCAAGGAGCUCCUCACCCAUCGCAACGCCAAGCGCUGGUCUUUCGGCAUCUUCCAGGCUCUGCCCCCACAGCAGGCUCUCAAGUUGCUCGAACGGCUCGCCGUUCAUUUGCCCCGUGACGAAUUGAUCUCGAUGGGUGGAACAUCGGGCUACUCGAUACUCGGCGUCGGCUCGGAACACGGCUAUCUCGAUUUCGACAUGGCUCGCUUCGAGCUCGAUCCUUCCGUCGACGCGCAAGAGCGAUCCAAGUGCUCAAACGAUGCCAUCGAAGAACGCAAGCGCAAGAUCGCAAACAGCUCCGAUCCCGACGAUCGCGAGACUCUGGCGCGUCAGGCUCUCUGCUGGGCCACCUGCAGCCGCUCGUACGAGCUCUACACCAAUACCGUCGUGUGGAUGCGCCGCUUCGUUCGCGAUGUCCACGUCGCCCGCUCCAUCUUCACGGCGUGGGCCAUCCAUACAAAGGAGGCCACCUCGCUUCUCUCGGGAAUUCCGCAGCGACCCGAUGCCUCGCUGACAGUCGACACGGUGCGCAACGACAUCGUCCAAGCCAAUCGCGCCAUCUGGGAGUGGUUCGAACUCGUGCGCGCAGCAGCUCCUGAACCCAGCUUCAAAGCAAGUGACUUCACAGGUGCCAGCUUGAUCAUCCUUGUUGUCGUCAUCGAACGCAUGCGUAGGAUCGAGCGUCUGCAGGCUUGCUUGGGACUUGACGCAGAUCAGAUCUCGGCGCUCGUAUGGGAUGACACGGUCAGCCUAUUGAUACGCAUCGAAGAGAUCUGCAUCGACCCAGCCUUCCGUCGUCUCGAGCUGUACGACAUCGCCGGUCCCCUCGCCAUGCGUGCCAACAACUACGCACGCUCGUUGCCUGGCAUCCACGUUCGCACCAUUGCCGGACUCUCCUUUGUUGAGAAACUUCACGCAGCCAGAGAUGCGCUUUGGAAAUCCCAUCGGAUCUCACUCAACCCCUCGGUAGCGAGCCUUCCUCGCGGUGUUCCUCACGGCCUGCCACUUCACGUGGCUCCAGUCAUGUGGAACUUGGACCAAGUCCUUCCUCAAGCUGCCGCAAGCCCCUUGCUGCGAACAGCGCGAUCUAUCGUGUUCGCCGAGCCUCAAACAGCCAUGCAGCCGCUACCGGACGACGAGGAGACACUCGAUGCUAUUGGGGGACACCAUGAGGACUGGGCUUUUGCAUUGCUCCUGCUGCUCAAGGCUGAACAGGGCAAAGCUGCAAAGCUUCAGCUUAUGAGAGAGGCGUGGCUUCACGCUACUCGCAAGCUUGCAGACUCGAGGCUCUCGCGCGACGAAGCGGAAACAUGGUGGUUAACAGAGGUCUUUGAGCCUGCCGCCCGCAAAAAGAUGUUUCCGAAUCCACGAAAAUUCGCUCAAUGCGCUCCAGCUCUGCAGUUGCCAGACGCGCUUGCACCGGACGCUGUGACAUGGGCUCCAAACGCUCUCUUGGUGCAAGCCCCCAAGCGCUCACAGAAGGCACCCAUGACUGUCCUCGACACCAUAAUCGGCCAGGAUGUGCUUGGCGGGCUUCAAGACGGCAGCCUCUGUCGGUCUGCCUCUGCUUCGGAGAAUCGUAGCUGGAAUCGCAGCGACGCGCUGGAGAAGCGAAGGCAAGCUGUACAAGCGUUGAAGGCGGGCAUCGUCGGGUCCGGCCCCCGCAACCAGCCUAGGGAGACCGUGCGGAGCUUUGUGGAGGCGCAUGCUGCGUUGCGUCUGCUCCUGCUGGACCACAACUGCCCUGAUGGCGACACUUUGGAACUGCCGUUCCCCAGUCAGAACCAGGUCCGAUACCCGCAACUGGUGCUAAGCGAAGCAUUCCUGAAGACACCCGAGUCGAAGCUGGGUCUGGACCAAGACGUGCGACAGUGGCUAAUGCCCGUGGUGAGCAUCGCACCGCCAUCACUCUUGCGACGCUUGGCUGAACGGGCACUUGCUGCGCGAGCAGACGGGCGUUUGCCAAAGACGUCGCGUCUGGCUCUUGACCUCGUGCUGUGCCUGCAGGCGGGCGACCGACCACGUGAGGCGCUGCCACUGGUGCUCAAGAUCGUGCUCGAGAACAGAGACGACAGCUCGUGGCACCGCAUUCUCUUCUCCAAAGGAUACCUCGAAAGACUCUGCGCUCAAGACGCCCGGGAUGCGGUGCAAGGCCUGGCGCGCGAGAUCCUCGCCCGCACUGGGGUCCCCAGCACGCAGCCGAACACGGACGGGCCGAGCAUCAAGGUCUCGACGGUCAAGCUGCUUGCCCAAGCCAUGGAGGGAGCCGAGUAUGUCGCUCCGUCGGACGCUAUCGAAAUUCUGAUGCAGCUACUGGAUCGCGCCAAACACGCCGACAUUCGUCACGCCGCUCUGGAGGCGUUGCUCGCAUCUGUUUGCGGGCGACCCAGUACGUCGGACGCUGCGUCGACAGCGCUGCGAGAUGGAUUGCAAAGGCUGGUUCCGAUCUUGGCUGCGCUGGACGAGACGCGACCGGAGGAAUCGGCUCUGCCAUGGGCUGAAGGGGCCCUGCCGCACAUCUGCGAGGGCCCAGCAACGGCUCGAAAGGACGUGGUGGGGAUGCGCCAACUGCCGCGAACUUGGGAGCUUGUGAUGAACGCACUCUCGACCUACAAGGCGUGGGCCGCUGUGCUGAUGCAGACGGUGGUAGUUCCGGCGAUCGAGCAGUCAAUCGAACUGCACCGACGAUGGCUGGAUCGCUUUCUGCGCGAGCACGACGCAUCGAUCGAGAGUGUGGCGCUGCCAGUGCCUCCAGUCAAGGUGCAGAUCCUGAAGAGGCUGGUGCGGGAACACGCGUAUUUGACGCCCGACUGGAUGGUGCAGCUAUACUGCGACUAUCUGCGGGCUCUCGUUAGUCCGACAGCCAAAGUGCGCGAGAUCAACCGUGCUCUCAAAGAGAGGCAGGACAACGCGGCGAGGCACUGGUUGGCCGCAUACGAGACGCCGGCCGUCUCAUCGUCGUCGCACGAUUGGCAGCUGGGAUCACUGCCAUUCCUUUCGCCGUUCGUAAAGAGCCUCGUGGAAGGCGCGCCUGAGGAUGUCGACGUGGUCGAGAUGGUGCGAAGCCACGCCGAGAGCAUCGAUGCAGCGUCUCGAGCGGUGCUGGAAGCGAUGGAGAUCGUGCUAGAGGUGAAGCGCGUCGACUUGGCCGCGCUCCGCUACUUGCUGCAAGCGCUAGCUCCGCCGCCGAGGAAGAGCGCACGGAUAGCGGUCGCACAGAUGCGCGCCUGGACGCGGUGCGUGCGACCGAUUUUGGCGGAGAUGGUGGAGAGGAUCGAUGCGCUGCGCACGCCAGCGUGGCAACGCAAUCCCGAGCGUCGACCGGCAAGGCUGCCGAGCACUUUGGAAUACCGGCUGUGGCUGCUACCGUAUCCGUCGUGCGACGAGGCGGAAGGAGCGACCAAACUCGCACAGCAAUGCCGCGAGUUUGGUCAGGCGCUGGGGGAACAUAUCGAGAUGUUGGUGGCGCAAGCGGUGCCUUGCCACGAGGAGAUGGAGCGGCUGCACCAAGCGGCGAUGGGAUGUCCCGCCAAGCAGCGGGGCCUGAUUGCGACGGCCGUGGGCGUAUGGCACGGAGAGGAACUUCCGGACGCGACGAGCCGCAUGCUGGUGCGGAGUCACUGCAUCGAUCUUGCGGCCAAGCUGGUGUUUGCCGCCGAGCUGCCUGGCGAGAGCGAGGCGUGGCUGGGGGAGCUCAAGAGUAUGGUGGAAGGGUGGGCGCGGAGCGAAGUCGAGUGGAUUCGCGAGAGGGCGCAAAGGCUGGCGGUGCCAGAUCUGGACUUUUUGGAGUAUGCCGACGCUGCGAUCGGCGAUGUGGUGCGUGCGGUGGUGCCUCACGAGGAGGAGCCUGACGAGUUGGAGAUAUGGUGA